AGAGGACGAAACCGCAUGAAUCACACAGGUGUUAGCUUUUGGCUGUCGGUGUCGAGUAUGUUUAGGUCAGUGAAGGUGCUGCUGCAGGUGCUCUGGGCCCAGUUGCUAUGUGGGUGGGUACUGGGCUCUGAGCUAACCUUCGAGCUGCCUGACAACGCUAAACAGUGUUUCUACGAGGAUAUCAUCAUCGGCACCAAGUGUACAUUGGAGUUUCAGGUUGUAACUGGUGGCCACUAUGAUGUAGACUGCCGCCUGGAGGACCCAGACGGUACUACGCUCUACAAAGAGAUGAAAAAGCAGUACGACAGUUUUACCUUCACAGCAGCCAAGAACGGCACCUACAAAUUCUGUUUCAGCAACGAGUUCUCCACCUUCACACACAAGACCGUUUACUUUGAUUUCCAAGUUGGCGAUGACCCUCCCCUCUUUCCCAAUGAGAACAGAGUCACCGCUCUCACUCAGAUGGAGUCAGCCUGUGUGUCUAUCCAUGAGGCCUUGAAGUCCGUCAUAGACUACCAGACGCACUUCCGGCUCCGUGAGGCCCAGGGACGCAGCCGGGCUGAGGACCUGAACACCCGUGUUGCCUUCUGGUCUAUCGGAGAGGCCGUUAUCCUGCUUGUGGUCAGCAUCAGCCAGGUGGUCCUGCUUAGAAGCUUCUUCUCAGACAAGAAGACCACUAUGACACGAGUUGGAUCCUAACAGCCAAAGAACCUCAGAAGGUUGUUCAAUUUAUCGCUUUUUGUUUGUACCUGAGCGGGUGGGAGAGCAUAGAGUGAGUAAGAACAGCAGUGCCGAUGUGGAGCUUUGAUCAUAUCAAACAAUCUGAUAUUUCCUUCUCGAUUAGCACUGUGGUUCUUAGAAACUUUAUGCAAAUAAGCUUUGUAGGGAAAAAGGUUUUGAGGGGUUAAAGAAAGCGGAUUACUUGAUGUGUGGUUUUUGAAUACAGGUCAAGCUGGUCCUAUGGUUGAAACAAACUAAGUUAUGUUCUAGUUUCGUUUGUGUUUUGGUUGUCUAUCUUUACCCUUCCCUGUCUGCUGCAUUUUCUGUGUACAAUUUGUAGAAAGCAAAGUGGUCCAACAAUGUAUAAAAUGUUCUUAUAAUAUUUUCUGGAUAUCUCUAUAUCCGUGACUCUAAAAUUACAGCUAAUGUAAAGGGUACUUUCCUCACAGGUUUUAUUUGGUAAAGAAAAUUAUUUGGAAUUAGACAAACAAGUAUUGUAUUAAACAGGAUCAAUAAAUCCAUUGGUUUAUUUUUUGUCGGCUUUUCAUUUUAAAUAAGUGAUUUGAGUGGAUUAUGCCAUAGAGACCAUCAUUAGAUACAAAUUUACCACCUUUCUACAAACCUAUGGUUUGGAUCUUUGGCAUAAAUAAGUAACUAUAUAUCUCUAGAAGGAUUUAUUGACACAGCUUUUUUAUUUUAAUUUCAGUUAGCCCCAUGUUCAAGCUUUAUCAGCUAGGUGAAAUGUUUUUCAUAAAGCCAACAGUUUUAACUCCACAAGCUUCUGCAAUGUUGUUGUGUUUUUUGUUUUUUAUGUAGUCUUGCCUCUCCUGUUUUAAAGUGUAACAGCCUAUUUAUCCUGUAGCCUGGUGGUGUCAUUUUAGUUUUGUGCAACACUGUUGUAAAUCUGUUCAUAAAGCAUAGUUUCAACAACAUUUUUCAUUAUUACUGGGUUUAAGUAUGAUUUGGUGAAUUCUUGUGCUGGCUAAUUGGAUUGUUUACAAAAUAAACUGUUAAAAAUUGGCACAAUCAUCAAA